AUGCACUAUUUGAAGCGAAAAAGGAUUGGCAAGGAUGGAUCUAUGGCUAUUAAACUUGAUAUGAGUAAAGCCUAUGACCGUGUUAAAUGGGCUUUUGUUGAGAACUUGCUUCUUUGUAUGGGGUUUAGUAAUCGUUGGGUGCAGUUAAUUAAAUUUUGUGUCUCUACGGUAACUUACAAUGUGACUCACGGUGGACAUACAAUGGACCCAAUCAAUCCUGGCAGAGGUUUGAGACAUGGGGAUCCACUAUCUCCGUAUCUGUUCUUGAUUUGUGCAGAGGGUUUAUAUUCCUUGUUGAAGAAAUAUGAACGACAUCAUUGGUUGAUUGGUUGCCUUGUGGCUAGACGUGCCCCGAUGGUUUCUCACAUGCUUUUCGUGGAUGAUAGUUAUUUGUAUUGUAAGUCCAAUGAUAGAGAGGCUCAAAAUGUGAUUCAUCUUCUAAAUAGUUACGAAUUGGCGUCAUGCCAAAAGGUUAAUUUCACCAACUCUUCAGUUUUCUUUAGUAAGAACACUAGUGUGGAUGUUCAGAACCGGGUUUGUGGAUUCAUGGGAUUGAGAGAGGCGUCUGAAGAUAGUUUUUAUUUGGGUCUCCCCUGCAUUAUGGGGAGGAAUAAAAAUGUAAUCUUGGCUUUUCAAACGAAAAAAUGA